CUGAUUGGUCAAUUGUUAACGUCGCUACGGGACAAGCGAAUGGACAAUCCCUUGCGAACAUACAACUGUAGGCUCCGUCCAAGCCGCGCAGAUCCAGCUUCUGGUCUCACUGGAUGCCCCUAAGAAUGAGGAGACAUCAGACGAAUCCGAACCCCGCUCGCGAAGCGGCCGGCUUCGGCAUUGGAAAAGUCGAUGAUAAAAGCCAGGGUUCUUCUCGCCCUCGAUAACUUCAUAUGCAGCCGUAUACACGUGUAUCUACCCCAGUGCCUGAGAUCACAAUGGUUUCCGACUGGACAGAACUUGUUGCAAAGAAGCGCGCCGAGGUAGCGAAGAAACUACCUGCAGAAUGGCGGCUUCCCUCCAGUGUUCUCGACACCGUCAGCGCCACGUCAGACAUCAGUGUGCUUGACGUGCCCGCCAAAUGUGGUAUUCUGACCUCAAGGGAGCUCGAGAUCACCGAGAAGUACGACGCAGUCGAGCUGGUUGCAAAGAUGGCUGCGAAGGAGCUAUCUGCUUCCGAAGUGACGCUCGCCUUCUGCAAGCGAGCUGCGGUAGCCCAUCAAGUGACAAAUUGCUUGACAGAAAUGUUCUUCGAUGUAGCUCUUGAAAGAGCCAAAUACCUCGACGAUUACCUGAGAAGGGAAAAGAAACCACUGGGCCCAUUGCAUGGGUUGCCCAUCAGCUUGAAGGAUUCGUUCAACGUCAAAGGCAUCCACUCCACGAUAGGCUAUGUGUCAUUUAUCAACAGACCAGCAGCAGACACCAACUCACCUUUGGUGGAUAUCUUACUGGAGAACGGCGCCGUCCUCUAUGUGAAGACCAACAUUCCACAGACACUUAUGACCGCAGACUCGGAAAACAAUGUGUUCGGACGCGUUCUUAACCCCCACAAGCUGAAGCUGAACGCUGGUGGUAGCAGUGGCGGAGAGGGAGCUCUGAUUGCCAUGCGAGGCUCAAUCCUAGGAGUCGGCACUGACAUUGGAGGCUCCGUUCGCAUCCCAGCUAUCUGCUGUGGAACUUACGGUUUUAAACCUUCCAUCGACCGUAUCCCUUACGGUGGUCAAGCAAAUCCAGUUCCGGAAGGCUGGACCGGUAUUAUGCCAGCAGCAGGGCCUCUGGCGCAGUCCUCUCGAGACCUGCGGCUGUUCCUCGAGUCCGUCAUCAAAUCCAAACCAUGGAACUAUGACUAUACCGCCCUUGGCAUGCCCUGGCAUCCCGUGGACGUGAAGCCCACUCUCACAAUUGGUCUUGUCUUGGAGUGCCCUACCUGGCCAAUUGCGCCAACCAUCAAGCGGGCAUUGACGACCGCGGUCAAAAAGCUGGAAGAAGCCGGUCACCAAAUCGUCGUCAUUGACAAAUUUCCUUCGUUCAAGGAAGCCACCGAACUAUCCUGGAAGUUCUUCGAUAUCGACAACGAAGGCACUGGCCUCAAGCAUGUUGAAGCAUCUGGAGAACCGUUGGUCACGUCAGUGAAAGACAUGUAUACCCCUCCGCCCGGGGGGCGUAAAGACGUGACCAUAGGAGACCUGUUUGCUCUGAACGAAAGACGGCUUCAGUUCAGAGCUGACUGGUUGAAGAUAUUCAUGAAGAACAAGCUCGAUGUCAUCAUCGCGCCGGGGGCACACAAGACUGCCGUACCGCAUGAUACCUUCAAGUAUCCUCCUUACACGGUGAUGUGGAAUCUCCUUGCGUACCCGGCAUGUAUCAUACCCUACCUGAAAGCCGACAAGGAUCUUGACCGUGCUGAUCCAAGGAUACCAGAUUAUGAUCCUGAAGUGGUCAAUGGUGCACCUUGCCAUAUCCAGGUGAUUGCGAGAUCGGAACAAGAUGAAGAACUGAUGGCUGCCGUAGAUACGAUUGCAAAGACGCUCGGGGUAUAAGGAAGAUUUGGUGGCAGAUCCAUGGCGGCGUCUGGGGACUCUCCGUAUAGCAAUGAGCUUCGCGAGAGGAGGGUAGUACUAAGUAGUGACGUGGAAUCAAAGUGACAGCCGCUCAUUCGCCGGUUGCAGAGAUCUCAG